AUGUCGACGGCAACAACGACGACGACGACGAAGAGCUCUCCAUCCGAGCCUCCACCGUUUUCAAUCGCCGAGUUCACAUCACUCGUUUCGGCUGCGCUUGAUACGGAUCGCUUCGACCCUGACUCUUCCCAAUUUUUGACAUUCACAAGAACCUCCCAAAAAGCAGACUCUGUAGUCGAUGGAAUAAUGCCGCAUGCUUGUCUCCCCACUCCUUUCUCGACAGCGUCCAUGUCCACCCUUGACUUGAAUUCAGAGUUGUCCUUGUCGCCUGCGCCAAGCCGUAGCCCCAUGGCACUCUUCCAGCGCAUCAAGCGGCAAGCGACAAAUGCGUUCGUUGGCAAUGGCAAGAACGCACCACAGGCAACCACCAACACCCACACUCGUUUAACACACCCUACCACCGUCUCUUUUGCGCCCUUUCCGUUAUACCACCCCGCACCUAGACUAUCUACCACCACCACCACCACAGAAGAAUCACGCCCGUCUUUCUUCGAAGACGACUCCGAUUCAGACGAAGAAGACGUGCUCUCAGACGCGGGGAGGACGGAAGAAAGCGAUUACAUUCCUUACAUCCCUUUAAUCAUCCAACACGAGCGGUCCCUUCAAAAUCAUCUAUCACUCAGACCUAUAUACCCCCCUCGGUCCCCACCUUCGCCUACUCCCUCUGGAUCUACCACGUCUACACGGUCCCCUGUGACACCCUUGACACCCGUCUUUUCGCAGAAUCAUCAUCAUGGUGGUGGCACCCAACCAGAGACGCGGCAGAGGUGGUCGUUGUGUAAUGAUGAUGACGAUGGGAUCAGCUUGAGUAUGAGUACGAGCACGGACGCCGAUGCGGACCCAUUCGCGAAAGCAAGGGUUCAAAUUGUGCGGUCGAGUAUCAGCUCUGGGUCCGUUUAUUCCCUCCCUUCUGCUUCCGCUUCUCCGCCCAAGAAGUCCAAGACGAGGAAAGAUAGACCGGCCCCAUUGGCACCAAGUAAACCGCCCCCGCUCUGUCCUCUCCCCACCGUCCCCAAUUCCGUUCUCGAAUCGGCGUCUUCAUCGUCAGAGAAUGACAGCGAUUCUCCGGCAGCGCCUUUCUCCCCACCACAGUCAAUUUCACCCAUCACUCAGCUGCACAUAGGAAGACAGACGGUGGACUGCAGUAGCGUUCAUCGUCGAGAGCGAGAGGGGCAUUACGUGCAAACGAGACCAGGCAAGGAAUGGACGUUACGCCUUGGCGUCCCUUCUUCUCCUUCUCCUUCUUCUUGUUCUGGUUAUGAGCAGCAGCCUCAGCCUCCUCUUGCUUCUGCGCGAGUUCCGACUGUGCGUGUUACUCUAUCCGACACCGAUACCGACGCGGAUUUGGAUAAAGAUAAAGAUGGUGCACGGAAAAGAAGACGACGAGUGAAGAGUCUUCCGACGGGUGGUGAUCGUUCGGUGUUGAGUCAGUUUCAGACGAAGUCUCAAAGUAAUUUGAGGAGGAGGGAAGAGGAGGAGGAAGGGGAGAAGGAUUGGACGCUUUCGUUGCCGCUGAAUGUUAGUUUGACGAGGACGCUUUCGUUUUCGCGUGCGGAACAACAACAUCUGCGGGAGAAGCAAGGGAAGGAGCAAAAGCUGGGAAGGUCUCCUCCCCGAUCCAGAGUUACUUCGCAAGUGUCCUCAACCUCAAAUGCGAGAGGACGGGUUGCGUCGUUUCUCGGUCCUCAACAGCAUUUUCGGUCGUCAACGAGGAACGCCUCGUCUUCGCAUUUACCAAGGACUGACAAGCAGCUAUCGCCACCUUUGAGGACGCAGUCGAGGAGCGUGAGCCCUUCUCCUUCUCGAUGGAGCGCUUCUGCUCCUUCAGCAGCAGCAGUGGGAUAUGCGUCCAGGGACCCUUCGCCUGCGCCUCGUGGCCCGUCUCCAUCUCCGUUGAUCAUACCACCUUCUGUGUUGGCUGCUAGGGCGAAGAUGGGUAAGGGAUUGCCUCCAUCGUCGUUUGCUGCACAUACAGGAACAGGAAGGGGUGUGGGGUCGGUCAGUAUGAGUUCAAGCUCGUCUUUGAGCUCUUCCCGCGUUUCCUCGAGCUCUUCCCGAGUUUCCUUGGGCUCUUGUGCCUCCCCAACGAGCGCGUCUCGUGUACACCCAAUCAGCCCGUCUCGUGUACCCCCGACGGCUUACGUCUACCGCCCUCCUUCCACUGCAUCGUCUAGUACGUCCACCAUGUCUGCGGGAUCCAAAAUGUCGGUUACGUCCGCGACGUCUACAGCCUCCUCAGAUACCAUCGUCCCCCCCGCCCGAGCGAGCAUCACUAUUACGCGUGCGGGCGAGGAUUUGGAGUUUCCUAUGCCGCCUACUACGUUUGCGGGUGGAGUUGUCCCUGUUUCGUGUAGUCCUCGAAACUCUUUGUCGAGCGUUUGCAGCUCUUUGUCGAGUGCUCGGGACUCGCUCACCCCUCCUCCUCCUGGCCGACUUACGCCCCCACCCACACGUGGAGCUACUCUUGCAUCUCCUCCCCGUACUCGUCCCACGCCGUCUCCAUCGGACUCUAUGUGGACUGACGAUGAUGAUACGGAGACAGAGACGGAGACGGAAACGAUAUAUGAGGACGCUGCGUCGAUGGUUUCUGGGGUUUAUUAUAGUGCGCGGUCGAGUUUUGAUUUUUGA